UGACAUGGCAAAAGGCGGCCGCAGCCGCGUGGACGCAGCAGCAUUCUGGAACCAUCAACAGCUCGCCCCCGGGUUUCAAUCCACAGCCCACCCCGAGAGAAAACUACUCUGCCGCUCAUAUUAAUCAAUUCCAAGAAAGAGUGAGAGCCAAGUCCCCAAUCCAUCCAUCCAUCCAUCUCAACCUCAGCGUUGCACCGAUCAGCCAGCGAGAGAGCGAGCGACAAUUCCGUUCCUAUUGCCGGAAACGUACAAAGCCUAGGAGCUCGAAGAUGAUAUUGGUGGCGACGGUGGCGGAGAUGCUGGAGGAGUACACGGCGUUGGUGGCGAGGGUGCUGGCUCACCUGUUCCACGAGGUACCGCUGCCCUUCCCUCGCCGCGUUCGCUUCCUCAUACUCCGUAAUCUCCCCUUCUCUUCUCCGUAAUCAUCAGCAGAUUUGAUUUGAUUUGAUUUUGGCUUUUCUUGCGACUUUCUGUUUCUUCUCUUGGAUUUUUGUAUCUAUGUCGAUCGUUUUUGUAACCA